AUGAGAAUACUUGGUGAUAAGGAGCUCGACUCAUCUUCUUCCGAGCAUGCAUCGGACGUCGACGACAUCAGUGACUCUGAACUGGACGACUCGUUCCACCAAGUGACCACGGAUGUGACUGCGUGUCGCUGGGCAUACUGUAUCCUCAUCUCGUACAUCGCCAUCGCCAUCUCUCUUCUCGCCAUGUUCCUCAUCUGGUUCUUCUCCAACACCAAAUCUGACACCUCAUCUGGAUCCGGAACCCAAUAA